AUGAUGGACGACUUUAACACAACACUAGAAAAAGCCAGACAAGACUUCCUCCAAGUUGACCCCAGAGAUUCCAUAGCUCGUUUAGAAUCAGAACAAACCCGGCCAUCCUUAUACUCCCCAUCCCUCAACCACCUCCUUUCAUUUGGCCCUCAAACCCGCAUGAUUUUAGACCCUCCCACAAGUGAUGAAGGUUCAGAUGACGAGCAGUCCUAUCCUUCCGUACAAAAAGUGGCUGACUGCAUUGUUGAUUCUGAGUGUGUAGGCUUCGCUGUACUUUUUAUUUAGGAAGACUUCGUGUCGAAUUCCCCAGUUUUUGCACUGAUUCUCACCCCCCUUGAUGAGAAGAUGAAGUCAUAUGAAUUGAAAAGAGCCGUCGAGUCCUUAAAUUUAAAAGUAAAAAAGGUGCAGUUUGUGGACUUUUAUAAGGCGCCCAAAUUCACUCACACAGGGAUUGUUUGGUUCAACAGUUUGAAUGACGGUAAAUUAUAUGCAGCACAAACAGCUUAUCAAUUUUUGCGCCAAGAAGAAAAUCGAGGGCAGCUGGCAGCUUUUAUUCAUAGGAUACAAGGGAUUCAGAAGCCUAUGAGGGUGAGAUGGUUUAUUUAUAAAGCACUUGACCCUGAAUCAGGGUGGGUUGGAGUUAUAUUACGUGGACUCAAGAAAAAUGCUACAGUAGAAGAUGUCAAAAAUAUGCUGAAAUACCAAGCUAUUAGAAUUGAGCAGCCAAGGGCGAUAAAUGGUGUUUUUUGUACACUGAUUGUGAUGAAAAAUAUUGAGAAAGCAGAAAGUGUAUGCAAGCAUUUGAAUAAUAAAAGAAUUUUGACUGAAAUCAUCAAGGCACAUCUACAUCCUGACUCAAAAAUGUGGAAUAGGUCGGAAAAAUCUAUGAACUGGAUUUUUUGCAAUAAUGCGGCGACUCCGAAACAGCAAGUAAAUAAGCCGAAAAAAACGAACCCGGUAGAUGUGACGCAGAUUUUGAAAGGAUUGUUGGCAGGGACAGGGAAGGAGCUGAAUGUUAAUCCGUUAGCAAAUUUAAUUAAAGAAAGAGUGGCACCAACACCAAGACCUGAAGCUAAAGAGCCGCCUAUACUGCAACAGCAGCAAAGUGUUGAUAUGGAGGAAGGAGAAAUUCAUGAGCAAAUGCAAAUGUCAGAUUCAUAUAAUGAGUUUUAUACGAUUUAUGAAUUUCCAGGACUGCCUUCCAGACCUUGUAAAGGAAAUCUCAAAAAAUAAUUAUCAAAAUUAAAAAAAUAAUUCUUAAAAAUGUCAUAGAAAUAUAAAAUUAUGCAGUCUUUCUAAAUAGUCUUUAAAUUUUCCUAUAAUAAAUUAUUUAAAUUUAUAUUAAAAAUCAAGAGGAUUAAGCAUAUCAGAUCAAGGAUCCUCACAACAUUCAGGAUUAUAUAUUAAGACAUCACAUCUUAACAAAGUUCCUUCUCCUGAAUUAAAUUAA